AUGACGUCCACCACCACCACGACCAAGCUUAGCAACACGAAGGCCACCGAGCCACCGCGCGGCCGCCCCGUGAGCGGGCGUGUGUGGAAGAAGGUGCAGAAGACGCGCUUUUCGGCGCAGGGCUUGAAGGGCACCAAGGUGUUGAGCACAACGUGGGAGGAGAAAAUGCUCAAGCGCGCUAAGCUUAAAGAGCUGAAGGAGCUGCAGGCGGAGAUUAAGGCACGACGACAAGCAGAGAAGGAUGCCAAGCGCCAGGCGCGUGAGGAUAAGGAAAAGCGUCGGAAGGAGAAUGAGCUGAAGUCAGCUGCUGUGCAAGUCAUUUCACGCACGCACAGACUCAAGACCAUGAGCAAGAAGCAGCUGCGCAACAUUAAGAAGACCAUUGUCAACAAGCAGGGCGUGGUCGAGUACGUGCCUGUCUACUCCAAGUAG